GCGGCGUAAACACUGACAAUGUUUGGGUCAAAUGCAGUUCCUUACCAUCAUUUGGAAGGUCUAAGACUAGCUUUGUAUACACCAGAUGAAACAAAAAAAAUAAGUGUUAAAAAUUUAACGAAUCCUGAAACGUUUGAUGCGUUGUUACAUCCGAAUUUUGGAGGUCUUUAUGACCCAGCAUUAGGUCCGACUGAUAAAGAUGACUUGUGUGGAACAUGUGCACAGAACUACAUUUACUGUCCUGGACAUUUUGGUCAUGUUGAGCUUCCGUUACCAGUGUAUCAUCCUUUAUUCUUCAAAGAGUUAUUGGCGAUUUUGCGGUCGUCAUGUUUCAGGUGCGGAGAUCUUUUAUUUUCAAGAGCUGUUAUGCAUGUCUUCAUAAGCCAGAUGAAAGUGUUAGAUUAUGGGUUAAUCACAGUUGCUGAAGAGCUUUCACAAAUGGCCUUUGGUUCUCUUAAUAAUCCUGACUCCUCUGAUUACAAGCAGCACAGUCUGCCUGAAGAUAAAAUGUGCAUAGCAGCUGUGGAUGAAUAUUUAAGGAAGGAGUUCAACAAUAUAGACAAGAAAGGAGCCAGAAGAGAAUCAACUGCUAAAAAUGUCACAGAUUGCAGGCAUAGAAUUAUCAAAGAGUUUAUGUAUGCUCAUAUGGGUAAAAAAAAACGUUCUUGUCCAGGAUGUGAAGCACCUUCUCGGGAUGUUAGAAGUGAAUACCACAGUCGUGUAUUUAUGAAGGGUUUGUCCUUGAAAGAGGCAAAUAAAUGGGUUAACACUCAGUUGGCUAAUGCACACUUGGCUCAACAUGAUUCACUUUCAGUGACAAAUGACUCAGUUGAAAAUACUGACAAGAGAGAGUACACAGUUGAUUCAGUUGAUGAUCCAGCUAAAAGAAGAGAUACCAAUAUUAAGAAACUGAUGGUUCAAACUUACUUAACUCCAGUUGAAGUUCAAAAACAAAUUUUUAAAGUUUGGGAAAAACAUGGUGUAUUUCUUAGCAUUCUUUAUGGAGCAUAUCCAUCUCCAACAGCCAAACGGAGGUGGUGUUCUGCAGAUAUGUUCUUUAUAGAGAUCCUUCCAGUUGCACCAUCAAGGUUUAGACCUCUUUCAAAGUUCGAUGAUAAACAUUUUGAGAAUCCACAAACAAAAAACCUAAAGAAGAUCAUGGAAGACUGUGUACUUGUCAGAAGCUGCCUCCAGGAUUUGAACAAUCCUCUACCUGAUGAUAAGGAUGCACAAUUAGAAAGGAGAAAGAAAGUUUUUGGUAAGAAUGCUCCAGCUACUGUACCUGGUAAGACUGCCACUGAAAGACUUCACAGUGCUUGGCUAAUGCUACAAACUGAUAUCAACUGCUAUAUUGACAGUGAUUUGGAUAAGGUAUCACACCUUAAAUUCCCAGGAAUCAGACAGAUACUGGAAAAGAAAGAGGGUUUGUUUAGAAAGCACAUGAUGGGAAAGAGGGUGGACUAUGCUUGCAGAUCGGUGAUUUCACCUGAUCCAUUCCUGAAUGUGGAUGAGAUUGGAAUCCCAGAGGUAUUUGCUUUGAAGCUGACAUACCCACAACCUGUAACUCACUGGAAUGUAAAGCAGCUAAGACAGGCUGUCAUUAAUGGUCCUCUUCAACAUCCUGGGGCAAGCUUUGUUGAAAAUGAAGAUGGCAAAAUAACCCUUCUAAGUAAAACUGAUCCCAACCAAAGACAGGCAAUUGCAAAGCGCCUGCUUACACCAUCAACCAACAUAAGGACAUCAGUUUGCCGUUGUAAGAAGGUCUAUCGACACCUUCAGAAUGGAGAUGUUUUGUUGCUUAACAGACAGCCUUCACUUCAUAGGCCAAGUAUGAUGGCACACAAGGCUCGUGUACUUCCUGGGGAAAAGACCAUUCGUCUCCAUUAUGCCAAUUGCAAGUCUUAUAAUGCUGAUUUUGAUGGUGAUGAGAUGAAUGCUCAUUUUCCUCAAAAUGAAUUGGCUAGGGCUGAAGCCUACAACAUAGCCAGCACAAAUUUUCAAUACUUGGUUCCUAAAGAUGGCACACCACUUAAUGGACUAAUUCAGGAUCACAUGGUGGCUGGAGUGAGAAUGACUGUCCGAGGACGCAUGUUUAACAGGUUAGAUUACCAGCAGCUUGUUUAUAGUGCUGUUAGUUUUAAGAACAGUAAGAUAAAGAUGCUAAAGCCUUGCAUUGUCAAACCUUGUGAGUUGUGGUCAGGAAAGCAGGUCAUCUCUACAGUCUUGCUUAACAUCAUUCCAGAGGAAGCAAAGCUACUGAGUAUGCAAGGCAAAGCCAAGAUAGUUGGAAAAAAUUGGAUCACUGGUAAGCCCAAAGAGCAAUUUCUUGGAUUACCUCUAUUGAAGGGAGAUGUGAUGUCUGAGGCAGAGGUGGUGAUCCGUCAGGGGCAUUUGCUCUGUGGUGUGUUGGACAAAGCGCAUUAUGGGCCUACUUCUUUUGGUUUAGUGCACUGCUGUCAUGAGUUGUACGGUGGAGUAGUAGCUGGAUAUCUACUUACCGCUCUGGCCAGAGUGUUCACAACUUUCCUUCAAUAUCAAGGAUUCACCCUGGGUGUAGAGGACAUCCUAGUUACGGAGAAGGCUGACAGCAAAAGGCGCAAGUUUAUAAAGAAGGGGAGAGUAUCUGGAGGUGAAGCUGCAAAAGAGGCUCUUGGUUUGUCCGAUGAAUGUGUUAGGUCAACGCUGGAGCAAAAGCUACAAGAGGCCCACCAUAACGUGGAUGGAAGUGAUAUGAAACAGCUUGACCUGAGCAUGAAAAAGAAAACAGACCAUUACCAAGAUAUGAUCAACAAGGCUUGCAUUCCCUUGGGUCUUCUUAAAAGAUUUCCAGAAAACAAUCUUCAGCUGAUGGUUUUGUCUGGUGCUAAGGGCUCCUCCGUCAACUGUAUGCAGAUUUCCUGCCUCCUGGGGCAGAUAGAAUUGGAGGGGCAUCGACCACCCCUUAUGGUCAGUGGAAGGUCUUUGCCCUCAUUUCUGCCGUAUGACACCAGUCCCAGGGCUGGGGGAUUUGUUGAUGGGCGUUUCUUGACAGGAAUCAGGCCACAGGAGUAUUUCUUUCAUUGUAUGGCAGGAAGAGAGGGCCUUGUGGAUACAGCUGUGAAAACAAGUCGUAGUGGCUAUCUCCAGCGCUGUCUUAUUAAACACCUGGAGGGUCUGUUAGUCAAUUAUGAUCUUACUGUGCGAGAUAGUGACAGCUCUCUUGUGCAGUUUUACUAUGGUGAAGAUGGCCUGGAUGUUAUGAAAACUUCUUUUCUAUCUGAGAAGCAGUUUCCCUUUGUGGCAAACAACUACAAGGCUUUUCUGCAGCAAAUGAAUCCCAAAGCUCUUCUUCCCCAUCUUCAUUCAGAAAAAGCACUCAAGCUUGAAAACAAGAUAAACAAAACGAUGAGAAAACAGAAAGAGAAUCAGAGAGAAAGAACUUCACCGUACCUUUGUUUUGCCGCAGACAAGAGUAGAGAACUACAAAAUAGAAAAACAACUAGUGAUCAGCUUACGUUUGGGCGAUCUGAGACUGAUCUAAAGAUGUUUCAUCGAUGGAACGAAGCACCCUUGACUGAGCGCAAAAGGUAUCAUAAGAAAUCUGCUCGUUUUCCUGACCCUGUGUUGUCAAAGCUGCAGCCAGACAGACACUUUGGAGCUGUUUCUGAGAGAAUUUUAACGUCUGUAAAGAAGUACAUGGAAGAAAACCCUGACAAAUGCUUGACUGAGGACGAGUUGGAAGAAAGUUUGAAGUUACCAGCCAGUAAGUUCAAAAACCUGUUAUACCUGAAAGCGUUCCGUGCCCUAGUCGAGCCAGGAGAAGCUGUUGGACUCUUGGCAGCUCAGUCUAUUGGUGAACCAUCUACUCAAAUGACACUUAAUACGUUUCACUUUGCCGGCCGGGGUGAGAUGAAUGUAACUCUUGGAAUUCCAAGAUUAAGGGAAAUUUUAAUGACUGCUAGUCCAAAUAUCAAAACCCCUAGUAUGGACCUCCCUCUUAAACCAAGAAAGAGAUCACAGAAGCUUGCUAAACGGCUGCAGAGGAAAUUAACAAAAGUUACUUUGGCACAGGUAUUACAAUCUGUGGAUGUGUGGGAGUCAUUACCAUCCAAAACUUCUACUGGAACACGAGAAAGGUGGUACCGCAUCAGAUUUCAAUUUCUUAGCGGGUCGUCAUUAAAGGAUGAGUUUGUUGUGAACUCAGAAGGCGUUCUUCACUACAUGGAAACAGUUUUCUUUAAAAGAGUCAUUGGGGCUGCUACGAAAGCCGCAAAUGUUGAACGUGGCAAAAGAACUAUCGAGUCUGUUAAUAACACGGAGCAGCCAAGAAAUGAUAGCGACAGAGAAGAUGAUGAUGACGAUGAUGACAAUGCUGAUCUUUCUGACGAAGAGGCUGCUGAUGGUGAUGCUAAUGAAGCAAAACAGAGGAAGAGACGUGAGCAGCAUGCCAGCUAUGAAGCCCCGGAUGAGGAUGAACAGAUAGUUGAACGAGAACUUGACGAGGAACUUGAACGAGAACUUGAUGAAGAUGAAGAAGAACAAUGGGUGUAUGAUGGAAGUAAAGGCAAACGGAAAUCAAAGAAGUCCGAUGAGGCGCGAAUACAGCGUGUUUUGGAAAGUGACAAUCACAUUGGGGGUUAUUCCUACGAUGUCACAAAAGAGGAAUGGUGUGAAGUGUCCUUGAAGUUUCCUGCUCAUAAUUUUAAGAUCCAACUGUCUUCUCUGAUUGAGAAACUCGCUCAUAAGAGUGUUGUCUAUGAAACGCCGCACAUAAAUCGAUGCUUUUUAAUUGAAAAUAAUGAUAAUGUGGUGCUCAAAACAGAGGGAGUUAACAUUCGAGAAGCGUGGCAAUAUGAAGAUGUAUUAGACUUGACAAAGGUGUACACCAACGAUAUUCAUGCUAUGGCAAGGGUUUAUGGGAUUGAAGCUGCAGCGAAAGUUAUAAAAAAGGAAAUAAAGAAUGUCUUCAGUGCGUACGGAAUCAACGUAGAUCCACGUCACCUCAGUCUCAUAUCGGACUACAUGACUUACGAAGGGACAAUCAAGGCAUUUAAUCGCGUUGGACUUGAAUCAAACGCUUCUCCUUUUCAAAAAAUGAGUUUUGAAACGACGACACACUUUCUUCGUGGAGCGGUUCUUUCAGGGGACACAGAACGUUUAGUUUCACCAUCGUCAAGACUAGUUGUUGGGCGGGUCGUUGGGAGUGGUACAGGAUGUUUUGAGCUAUUGCAACCGCUUUGCUGAAUAUUUGGCUGAAGUCCUUUAAUGUUGUAAACUUCGGAUAAUUCGAUAGUUUAAAUUUAAACACGAUUUCAUCUUUUUGUAUAUCAUUGUAAGGAAAGCGGAAUUGACUGACUCAACUGUCUGAUUAAUUUUCCUUGGAACUGUCUGCAUCUUGUAAAGUGCUGCCUGGUUCUUCUGUAUUAACCCUCUCCUAGUCGUUGAUCAUGCAUCGUAGGUGUUUGACGAUGCUAAAUUCCUUAAGCAAUUUCCUAAGUAGUUGUUUUUUUGUGACAUGUGAGUUAAAUGAUACCGUAUCCUCGGUAGAAACAGUCAUCGGCGAACAGUAACGCUUACUUGUUUUGCUAAGAAAGGUUAAGGCGUACGUAGUAAUCAGGCCAAUCUUUGCAGAUUUUAUGAAUUGUGAGCUGUGCAGAGAAUAGCUUCAGGUAUAGGGAUCCGUUGGUGGAAUUUUUCAGGUUUUAGAAGAAGAAACUCGCACGUGCAAUUCUAAUGAAGCCAAAACUGUAAUGCUGUCAAGUUUCUCGCUUGAAGCCCCGUCAUGGGGCCAGAUUGUUGAUUCAUUUGGAUAACUUCGUGGUUAAUGAGAAUUUUUACUAGAGCUUUAGCCAAUUUAUUUACUUUACCGACUACUCUGUUAUGAAUCAAUAAAGAAGGAUAACACUGACUCA